UUGUUGCGCCAUCUCAAGACACCUUUUGGGUCCUAAGUAACUGACUGGGUUCCAGUUGAGGCAUGUCCCAAGUUCAAGAUUCUGCAAUAAAGCUUUUGGGAGCAGAUAUUCAUAAUAUUCACAUUCACAUUAAGCCAACCAUUCACUUCACAGAUACUCUCUUUGACUCAGAUUCAGCCUUUGCUUCAACCCAUCAUCAUCAUGAAUGGACUUGAAGAAUCAACUAACAAUGAAGUAGAUGUUCCUUUGAAUGAAGUAUCUAACAAACUGAUUGAUCCACACAAAUAUGGUUAUGGUACUCCAAACUUGAAUAAAAAUACUACACUGAAACUGGUGCCUAAAGUAGUUCAUAGGACUAAUGAACACAGGAAUGCUAAAAGAGAAAUUGAUCAUCAAGAAAAAGUUUUCAAGAAGCCAGACAAGGUCCUGCCAUGUCCUCGUUGCAAUAGUUUGGAAACAAAGUUUUGCUACUUCAACAAUUACAAUGUUAACCAACCUAGGCAUUUCUGCAAAAAUUGCCAAAGGUAUUGGACCGCUGGGGGGACGAUUAGAAACAUUCCUGUUGGGACUGGCAAGCGUAAGAAUAAGCACUCGGCUCAGUAUUGUCAGAUACCUAUGACUCCUGAUGCUGCAUCUGUGAUCCAGACAGAUUCUAAACCUGCUAGUGAUAUGCUUCUCUUAUCUAAUGAACUUCCUGUGACUUCAAGACCUAUCAAAGGAGGGGAGGAAACUCCUCUUAGUGAAUCUUUAGAAACUGUGUUAAGUCUCAAUGGCCUGACAAAGAUUGAAGUGGACUCCUCCACUCUCAAAGAUGAUGAUGAUGAGGAGCCUUCCAGCUCUUCUAUGAGAUCUAGUGAAAUAGAGCAGCUUGGUUUGCCACAACACUCUAAUGGUUUAGUUCCUUUACAUUCAUUUCAUUAUUAUCAUGUUCCUUCAUGGCCUUACCAAUGGAAUCCAUGUUGGAAUGUCAAGGAGUUUAGGCCUAGUAACAUCAGUUCUAGAGCUGUUUACACCGAUUCUUCAACUAUGAUGGCAGUUCCUGGCUUCUCCAUGCCAACAGUAAUACUUCCAGGGGUGCCUUAUUCGUAUUCGGGUUUUAUGUCAAGCUGGGCUGAGCAAAAAGAAGAGGCUUCAUUGGUUGGAUCUGCAUUUAGUGGCAUCUCAUUGUCUUCAUGUUCAGUUAGCAACAGCACUUGUUCGGGUAAUAGGUCCCCAACCUUGGGAAAACAUCCUAGAGAUGGAAGUACACCGGGGGAAGAUGCAAUGAAACAGAAUCUUUGGGUGCCUAAGACUGUAAGAAUUAAUGACCCAGAAGAGGCAGCAAAUAGUUCUAUAUGGUCAACUUUGGGGACAAAGUCUGAACAGAACAAAUUCAUUAUGAAAGGAAGUGUUUUUAAAUCAUUUGAACCAAAGUCACAGGCCAGUCCUCAUAUUUUAGAUGAUAAUCAAAUUCUAAGGGCUAACCCUGCUGCUUUCUCGCGCUCUGAAUCUUUUCAGGAAAGAAUGUAAAAUCCUGUAUUAUGUUACAGUUUUUGGUUUUGUCAGCUCAACCAUGUCAAAUUGGCAUUUGUAGUUGGAUGAGGCUCAGAAGACUUCUGAAAGUCCAUUUCUGUCAUGGAUAAUUCCAUGUAUUGAUGUUAAAGAAGAUAGCCAUGGCAAGAACCUUGAAGAAAUUUUAAGUUGUAUGUUCACCAGUCAAUAAGAAUCUCAACCUUGUGUCACCAUUUGCUUCAUGGUAAAGAAAGAGUCAUGGAAGAACUUGAAAUCUGACUGAGGUAUGAUAUUUAGGCUUCUAAACAGUUGCAAUCAAGAUAUUACUCCUUUGAGUUGAUUCUUUGUUUCAUUUGAUCUUCAUAUUUUCAUCAUUGUCCAGUCAAUCUUAGGUUAGGAAUUUGCAUUGACUUCUUUAUGUGCUGUUUUCUGACUUUUUGAGGAAUUUAUUUUAUUGUUUUCUUCCCUUUUUUUCCAAAAGAUUGGCCUUGUAUUGUAUAUUGAAAGUUGAUUAUAGCAAAGAGAAAAAUGCCUCAGGCCACAGGCUUGUUGUAGCAAAUUUUCUUCUUGUCUUAUACAUAGAUGAAGUCAAAAUGAUGCUAUUGGUGACAAUCUCUAUUGCGAUCAGGUAAAUUAUAGUCAUAUAUUUGCUUCAAGACAUCAGUGCAUAUUUUAGAGCACAAUACAUACUUUUCCCUUUUGACUUUACCUGUCAUUUUUUGCGUAGAAGUUGAUUAAUUUAUGUUUUUCUUCAUUCCGUGUUUCCGUUGAUUAAUAGCUGUUGUCAUUUUCACCUUUGUCAUAGCUAUUGUUUCUGAUAUCUAUGAUAAGUAGGAUAUGCUGAGAAAACUUUUUGGCUAUUUUAUUUUAGCCUGGGGUUGGAAAUUGCUGAACCACAUCAUGGAUAUGAUAAGCAGGAUAUGAUGGAUUGGUCCACACUGUAAUGAAUAAAUGCUGACCACAAAUUCUUACAGUAGAAGACAUUGCUUAUAUAGUGCAAAAUUACAGUGUCCUCCUGGACUCUGGUUUUCAUUGCCAAAGGAAUA